AUGGGCUCGUCUAUUGGAGUGGUAGUAGUUGCUGAGGCGAAGGCAGUGGUGGUGGACCCACUUCCCUGCAUUCUGGGUGAUGACUCUUCGGAGUCGGAAGGCGAUGCUAUGGGAGCUAGCUCUGCUACCACCUCCAGGAGCGAGGAGGCCUCUGCAAGAGCUGAUCAUGCCCGCCACCAAUUCAAGACGGUGGAUUAUCACAAGUUGCUGUGCUACAACUUGGAACACAAUUGCUUUGGUCACCAUAUGUCGGAGGUCCUCGAGGAACGCGUGGCCCUAGAGGUCAUUAAGCGUGGUGACGCUCUUGAGUUUUUUCAGAAGGAGCUAGACCGGGUGGAGGAUGAGAAGAAACAGCUCGCGGUGGAGGCAAGUGACCUACGCAUUGCUCUCUGGAAGGCUGAAGAUGUGAAGACCCGAGUGGAGUCCCUGGAGAAGGAGGUUCACAGUUUGAAGGCCACAAAAGAGCUUUCUCUCUCAUGGCUAGAGAAAGCUGUUGCCUCCAAUGAAGGUCUCCGCAAGGAGAUUGAGGCCGAGCGGUCGUCAAGCCAAGCGCUCGGAGCGCAAGUGGAGCUGUUGCAGAAGCGACUGGAGGAUGCACGUGCUGCUAGCGUUGCGGUGGCCGAGCUGUUCUUCGGCUGGUUCAAGGAAAACCUGGCGAAGCUACCAGACUUCAUUGGAGGCGCAAUGGAUUUUGGUGCCCUUUCCUGCACUACAAACCUCUGCAAGACUCUAGGAAGGAUGGGCUGCUCGCACUUUGUGGGCUUGAAGGGCCGGAAAGACCUUGAUGGACCUUCAGAACUCGGCGAGACUUCUACGGAGACCAUGAAGCCGGUUCAGAAUUUCAUGAAAUAUUUUUGGGUCAAGUUCGGCCGUGCUGACGCCUGUUCCAUGGCGGAGGCUCAUCAUGCCGCGAUCUCCAUGCUCACUCUUAUCACCAAUAUCCUCUUUGUUACAUCCACCUCUCCAUCUCCUAACCCUAGCCACCAUGAUUUCUUGGCGCUCUUAUCCCUCAAAUCCCACAUAACAAGUGAUGCACUGUCGUCAUGGGAUGCAGCAAGCAACGACACCAGCAAACCAGUUCCUAAUUUCUGCAAAUGGACUGGUGUGACCUGCGGCGACCGUCGCCACCCUGGCCAUGUCACUGCCAUAGAUCUGCAUGGCUAUGGCCUUGGAGGCACCAUCUCUCAAGACAUCGGCAACCUCACAUACCUCCACUUCAUUGAUCUGUCGUCCAAUAAUCUGGUAGGUGAUAUUCCCUCCAGCCUUGGCAAUUGCAGAAGACUUCGUACUAUGAAUUUGAGCAGUAACCACUUGUCUGGUUCUGUCCCUACUCCUCUGGGUCACCUAUCAAAGCUCAAAAUUUUCAAUGUCAACUACAACAAUCUGACUGGCGAAAUUCCCACGACACUAUUUAAUGUCACAACGCUAAUGUUCCUUAGAAUUGGGGGAAACUCCUUUCAGGGCCAAAUCCCCAGCUGGUUGAGCAACCUAACAUCAUUGACUGAUUUGUAUCUUGUGAAUAACAACUUCAGUGGCAACAUCCCUGCAGAUUUAUGUAAGUUAAGUAACCUCACGGGGUUUGAUGUAAUGAAUAACAAGCUUGACGGCCCUGUUCCUCCAUCACUCUUCAAUAUUUCGUCCAUCACUAUCUUAGGUCUUGCCAAGAACCAGCUUACAGGAUCACUGCCACUUGAUAUUGGCUUUAAGCUUCCCAAGCUAUAUGCUUUGGUCACAUAUAACAAUUACUUUGAGGGUCCAAUACCAGCCUCCUUAUCAAAUGCAUCUGAACUCCAAUAUCUGAUUCUUCGUGGAAACCAAUAUCAUGGUUUUAUCCCACGGGAGAUUGGUAUUCAUGGUAAAUUGAAGUUUUUUUCGGUAGGCCACAAUGAACUACAAACCACAAAGCCUACGGAUUGGGAGUUUAUCACAUCCAUAACCAACUGUAGCAACUUGAAAAGAAUAGACCUCGAACAAAACAACUUUUCAGGUGUUAUGCCGGUUAGUAUCGCCAACCUAUCUCGAAAACUCGAGUGGCUUACAAUUGGCACAAAUCACAUAGCCGGGACCAUAUCUUGGGUAGGGAUGUUCCAAAACCUUACAAAGCUUACCCUUGAGGAUAACCUAUUUACAGGCACCUUACCUAUAUAG